UGUUUGCAUCGUUUAUUCAUUUCAUAACCGGCCGAUUGGGUAUUGAUUUAUCAAUGAUUGUAAAUGUCUAGUUCAUCUCCAAAAAGCUUCAGCAGCUGCAGUGAAAUUGAAGAUGACAAUAGCAGCAAUGGCAAUGAACUCCGCAGAGGCCCAUGGACUCUUGAAGAAGACAAUCUUCUUAUCCAUUCCAUUUCUACUCACGGCGAAGGCCGUUGGAAUCUCCUCGCCAAACGCUCUGGAUUACGAAGAACAGGGAAGAGCUGCAGAUUGAGAUGGCUUAAUUACCUUAAACCAGAUGUCAAGAGAGGAAAUUUGUCUGCUCAAGAACAACUCUUGAUUCUUGAUCUCCAUUCUAAAUGGGGCAACAGGUGGUCAAAGAUUGCGCAGCAUUUACCGGGAAGAACAGACAACGAAAUUAAGAAUUAUUGGAGAACGAGAGUUCAAAAACAAGCGAGACAUCUUAAUAUCGAUACGAACAGUGAGGCAUUUCAGCAGAUCAUUCGAUCCUAUUGGAUGCCAAGAUUACUUCAAAAAAUCAACCAAUCCCCGCCGUCGGAAUUGCCGAUUACUUCUCCACCGGAGAUGGCAUCCCAGACUUCGUUUGGUUUUGAGGCUCCGACGACAGCGGUGACGCAACCACCGGCGAUGACGCCUCUGCAAAUCGGUGGAGAUUUGAUGGGAAGUUCGUGUACUUCUUCACAAAUAACCCAAAUUUCUUCCUACCAGAAUUACGAGAAUUACGCCCCGUUUGUGAAAGAUUAUUGUCACGACGGUGGCCAUGGCGGAGGAGAGAUGCUGAACUGGACGACGACUGCGGUGGCUGGAGACUCCGGUUAUCCGGUUUCUCAUUGCCACGUGGCAGAAAAUAAUUGGAUGGACGGCGAUUUUACCGGUUAUAUGUCCAACGUGGAUGAAUUAUGGCAAUUUUAAUUAGGAAGAAAUUAAAUUUAAACAAAAUAACAAAAAAUCUGGGUUCUUAAUUUUUUUUGUCUUUAGAUAACCCAGAAAAAAAGUUCUUAAUUGAUUCAUAAUUUUCAAUUCGUUUGGUACUUCUCUCCAAAUUAGAAAGAAAGAAAGAAAAAAAUCACUCCCCAAAUUGUAGAAUAUUUAAAUAUUUAAUAUAGUUGUAUUUAACAAUAGUAAUGUUUGAUAAAACAUUUUGUAAAUUACGAUCGAGUUUAGUUUUUUAAUUAAUGCAUUAAGCUAAGUGUGGUUAUUCGUUCCA